GCUUCCUGGUUUCGCAGCUGCAAUUAGCCUUCAACGUGCAGCGCAGGACAGAUAGGCGGGGUUGCCUCCAAUUACGAAAGUCUUCUCAUCAUGACACGUUGAUUCCAAACAGAGAGAACUGGCUCCCAGUCCAACGUCCUCAUUAUGAAGUUUGACGCAGGUAUUGUGGCAGUAUCUGUCACUUCAUUGGACUUUUGAUAUGCGACUUCGAGUCGGAUCAUUGCACCGUUCUGGGACGCUCUUGGCCCAUAUUUUUCACCGAACAAUAAUACAGGCCUUCGAAAAAAAAAACUUCGACGGUCCGUUUUCGUCGUGCCCUUUGCGCCGUUGGCUUUGUUCCUGUAUUUCACCCCGAGGCACGCUAGUCUCAUUGUUGGUACUGAUCGCAUAAUGGACGCGUUGUUGUCUAGCCGGGAUAACAAGUUCACGGAGAGAGAUCGGACUCCAAAUGUCCUUCAUUUUGUGGGGCAUAAUAUCGAGUAAGGGUAGAUAUGGUAUUCAAAUGGAUUGUCGGGAUGUGCACCAUUGUUGUCAGACUCUGUCGGUUUGUUGACCUCGCCUAGUGGUUGGCAAUAUAUACCGAGAUUCCCUCCAAUUGCUCCUCCUCGCCCGUCACCGCAGGCUACGGUACCUCCUGCACUUGUACACUAACCUCACAGUGGUUAUAAAACCAUGGGGCCGUCUCUGACCCCCUCAGAAUCUAGAGACGUCGCGGUGUUCCUCAACAUAACACAUAUAUGCAUUGGAGUGUAUCUCUGGGAAUUCCUAAUGUCGUUGGACUUUGACUGGUCGUUCGUGAGUGGCAAGAGAAAAUUCAAAUGGACGAUGGUUUUCUAUUACUUGGUCCGAUACAUCGCCCUUGCAUCGAACAUUGUAACCCUCGUAGCGUUUGAUGUUACAACAAAAAUGAAUUGCAAAGCCGUAUUUGCAGUCUUCCGGUUCACCGGUAAUGCUGUUGGCGGUCUGGCCACCAUCAACCUAGCUCUGAGGGCCAUCGCGGUAUGGAACCAACGGUGGUACAUCUGUGUUUUUAUAACACUCCUCAUCCUUGGACAUUGGACUCUCAUCUUACACGGCAUUCUUGUGGAAGGCGUUUACUCUCCUGGACAGGGCUGCGUCCUCACUUACAUAAAUAACAAAAUCCUAGCGGCCAACCUCGUUUACUCAAUGUGCAUCGAUUUUAUCGUGCUUGCUCUCACGGGAUGGAAGUUGCUGCGAUUAAGGAGCAAUCAACGGAAAGGCCUAGUGGGGUUGUUGUUUCAAGAUGGAUUGAUUUAUUUCGCUUCCUCAUUCUGCGCAAAUCUUGUUGCGACGGUUCUUAUGGUCCUCAACCUCAGUCCUCUUAUGAACGUUCUCUUCAAUAUCCCUGCCGCCAUGAUAUGUGCUAUCGCAUCGACCCGAGCAGUUCGAAGCUUGGCAAGAUGGACCCAGGACGGUCCUCAUAUUUUCUACAGUGAUGCUUCCCUUCCGUCAUCUACCGGCGACAUCGAGUGGCGAGUUCCACCUGACCAGUCCGACGCCUUCUCUUCCGCCACUCGGAACACGAGGCGCCAUACAGCCGAUGCAGUUCGCGUUCAGAUAACGCCUUUCGUGGACAUAGAAGAACCCGCUCGUGUCGCUAGGAAAUCCACGGGAAGGAAGAACGUUGUGAGUUUCGACUUUUAAGUUGACGAAGAACAGUUGCAGAGCGGCGUGAAAACUAUGCAAUUGGAGUAAAAGGUGUCGCCGUGUGCUCAGGAGUGCUUUCUCACGGACUAGUUUCUUACGUGCUGUCGUUGAACCUUGCUAUGCCCCAUGUUGUAUGUCUAUGCUAUGUUGUCGUAUGUCUGUCUUCAGUUAUC